AUGAAGGGGGAAAAGAUGCAACCUCCGUACCCCCCCCGAAAAGCGCGCGUGCCCUGCUUCCUCGUCGUUGCCCUCGUCCUCCCCCUCAUCGUGCAACUGUCGCACCAAAUUGGAUUGAAAAAGGACGUCCGUUUCACCCUCGGGAGUGGAAGCCACCAGAGUAGGUUCCCCUUUGCUAAGAGGAAGAAUUUGGGCAACUCGCUUUUUCUCCCCCUGGGAAGGAAGAGGAACACGCUUACGUCCAUCGGCACGGACCUUUUCAAGGAGCGGGAUUCUCCUGGGGGGGUAAAGGACGAAUGGAAGAGUCGCGUGGUGAAUGAGGAGGCAAGCAAAAAUGGGGGGCACCACCCCGCGGUAGGCAUCCCUAUUGAUGGGAAGAGUGACCGGAAGGAAAAACAUCUUGGGGGCGAUGCAAGACUGGGUGGGAAUGUGCCCACUGGGGAGACAAACCUCGGGAUAACCCCCUCGGAGGAACAAACGCACAUCGUGCAGAACAACCUGGUGAGCGGACUCAUCAGCAGGUUUUGGCCGUUCGGGGAGAAGAAGGAGCGCGGUAGUGGGAGGGAAGAGACCCCCAAAGGUAGUGCUAAUGGGGGAGGAGGUGGAGACCCGCCCGAGCCGGAGAAGCACCCGUGGUGGGGCAACACGCCCAAGGAGAGCGCCUCAGUAGACACUCCCCCCGGAGAAGCGUCAUCGGAGGCGCCACCAGAGGGGGGCCCCCCACGGGAGAGGCGCCGGCCCAGCAGGGGCUCCGACCAGGACAAGGAGACGAACUUCCUCCUGAAGGCGCUGGAGACGGGCAAGUUCCCCUCCUACUGCCUCGUGGAAAAUGUAGACGAACAAAUAGAUAACUGCGAAAUCUACUUGAGCAAAGCCAAAAUGGAGGAGCUGAAUCUGAGCGAGGGCUUCACCGUCUUGCUCAAGGGGAAGAAGAAAAAGGAAAUGCUAGCGAUCGCCAAGCUAGAUAGGAGGCUACAAAAGCAUUUCGUGGUGAUCUCCUUCGCGAUGAAGAAGAACCUCAGACUUAUGCACAACGAUAUUAUUAAAAUUUUUCCCUUAAUGAAGGUACAUCCUUUGCGAACCGUUGUGCUCAGCCCCUUCAGCGACACCGUCGGAGGGUUAAGCAAGGCAGAGUUGGAGCAGGAGGUGCUCAGGCCCUACCUCAAGGGGACCUUCAAGCCGCUCUGCGAGGGUACAAAUGUGUAUAUCCCCCAUAAGGGGAGGAAGGUCGAAUUUAGGGUGGUCAAGCUGGUGAAGGAGGGGGAGGAAGCAGCUAGGAAGGAGGAACAACCGCUAAGGGAAAGCCGAGCAGAUGUCCCCACCUCUCAACACUACGGGUACGUAGGCGACAAUGCCAUCAUCACACUGGAUGAGGAAUACCUAAACAGAGAGGACUACGAGGAGCACACAGAUGAUAUAACCUAUGAAGACCUAGGGGGGAUGAAGAAGCAACUUAACAAAAUAAGGGAACUCAUUGAGUUACCCCUAAAGUACCCAGAAAUAUUUAUUAGCAUAGGAAUCUCUGCUCCCAAGGGGGUGCUCAUGCAUGGAAUCCCAGGGACUGGGAAGACCUCCAUUGCAAAGGCAAUUGCCAAUGAAAGCAACGCCUAUUGCUACAUCAUCAACGGGCCAGAAAUCAUGUCCAAGCAUAUAGGAGAGUCGGAGCAAAAGUUAAGAAAAAUUUUUAAAAAGGCGAGCGAAAAAACCCCAUGCAUAAUCUUCAUUGAUGAGAUAGACUCCAUUGCAAACAAACGAAGCAAAAGUACCAACGAGCUAGAGAAAAGGGUCGUCUCGCAGCUCCUAACCCUGAUGGAUGGCUUAAAGAAAAAUAACAAUGUGCUCGUUCUGGCCGCCACCAACAGACCCAAUUCGAUCGACCCUGCCCUUCGACGCUUCGGGCGAUUUGAUAGAGAAAUCGAAAUUCCGGUCCCAGACGAACAGGGCAGGUACGAAAUUCUGCUCACCAAGACGAAGAAGAUGAAGCUGGACGCGGACGUCAACUUGAGGAAGAUCGCCAAGGAGUGCCACGGCUACGUCGGCGCGGACCUCGCGCAGCUCUGCUUCGAGGCCGCCAUCCAGUGCAUCAAGGAGCACGUCCACUUUUUGGACCUCGACGAGGAGGACUUCAUCGCCUUUAUGGAGCUCAGCGUGGAGGGGGAGCGGCUAAGCGGUGAUGAGGGGCGAAGAAGCGGUACCCGGCCGCUCCUCAGCGAUACCCGGCCGCCUGUCACCGCUUCCUCGCCGCCCCCCAGGGGGGCGAAGAAGAUCCCGCCCUACAUCCUCAACAAGCUGACCAUCAAGGCGAAGCACUUCCAGCACGCACUGAACAUCUGCAACCCGAGCUCGCUCAGGGAGAGACAAGUGCAAAUCCCCACCGUCACGUGGGAGGACAUCGGCGGAAUGCAAGAUGUGAAGGAGCAACUCAAGGAGACCAUUUUGUACCCCCUAGAAUAUAAGCACCUGUAUGCAAAAUUCAAUUCGAAUUAUAAUAAGGGCAUAUUGCUGUAUGGCCCCCCCGGAUGUGGAAAGACCUUACUAGCCAAGGCAAUUGCAAAUGAGUGUAACGCUAACUUCAUCUCAGUUAAGGGGCCAGAACUCCUAACCAUGUGGUUUGGAGAGUCGGAGGCGAAUGUGAGGGACCUGUUUGACAAAGCCCGAGCAGCUUCUCCCUGCAUCAUCUUCUUCGACGAAAUAGAUUCGCUAGCAAAGGAACGAAACAGUAACAAUAACAAUGAUGCGAGCGACCGGGUGAUCAACCAGAUCCUCACCGAAAUUGAUGGAAUAAAUGAAAAAAAAACCAUCUUCAUAAUUGCAGCCACGAACCGACCAGAUAUCCUAGACAAGGCUCUCACCAGACCGGGGCGGCUAGACAAGCUGAUUUAUAUUUCUUUGCCAGAUUACAAAAGCAGGUGCAGCAUUUUUAAGGCCAUUUUGAAGAACACCCCUCUUAGUGCGGAUGUGAAUCUGCACGAGAUGGCCAAACGCACGGAGGGCUUUUCCGGGGCCGACAUUACCAACCUUUGCCAGAGCGCCGUCAACGAGGCGAUUAAGGAGACCAUCCGCUUGGUUAGCCAGCGGAAGGGUGGCCCGGAAAAGCGGAGCGGCGCAAAAGCGAAUGGCGGCGCGGACGACCACUACGACCCCGUGCCCACGCUCGCCAAGAAGCACUUCGACUUGGCCUUCAAAAACGCCCGCAUCUCCAUCCGCCCCGAGGACGUCCUCAAGUACGAGCGCUUCAAGGAGAAGCUCUCCCUGCAGAGCUUCGACUGA